ACCUCUGUUUCGUCAAUACAAUGUCGAACCUUCUCACUACUCGAGACCCAUCUUCACAUGCUGCAGCAAACGCAGACAGCUUUCUGAGCCAUUGGCCUACCGAGGUCUCCAAUCACGGAGCAGCGACUUCGCCGAUCUCGCACCCAUUCACUGUCACUGUUGCAAACGAGAACCCUUGAAAGCCUGCGAACUUGCACGCACAUAUGCGUAGCUGUGCCAGGACUGCAGAUCUGAGGUCCCGCUGCUUCAGCUCCCGAUCCCACAUAGCCUUCAAUAUCAUGUUGCAGGCUACCGAGGAGACAUCGGCAUCAUUCCUAUCCUGGCCUCUCUGUAAGAGUUCCCUAGCACAGAAUUUCCCUAAUCUCUUCUCGAAGCAACCACAUUCUCAACCAAGUCACCAUAAGGAAGCGUUUCCGAACAAGACCCAUGUGGACUCGAAGAAGAUCGAAGCAGGCAUGAUGCCCGAGUUUCACCUGCCCUUGGGGACCAAGUCUCACGAUCAUAGAGUCCCAAGUCUCUCGAGGCUCAGUCCGGUGCAAAAGGUCAGCGAUGAGCGCACUGUUCUCUCUUUGGACCCAAAUAGGCGACUUGCGCAGUACUAUAAAGACGAUGCAUCUUCGCCAGGGGUGCGGCUGAGGGGUGGUGGAGGUCAACAUCAGGGCGGCAAGUUUGAUUGGCUCAGGACAGCUAGUACCGUGAACAAAACGUCUGAGAAAAGCGAGUUCGGUCCAAGUCCUUCUGCGGUCACGUAUAAGGGCAAGUUAAUUGGUCCACCGCAGUCUGCGCCAGCUUUGAACGCCCUACCGCCAGCCUCAAGGUUCGCACGAGAGCCUGAACUUCGCGCUACUACUACGACGGCAAGAUCAUUUCUCGAAAGCAGUGACUGCGUUCGCUCAAAGUACUCGUUAAGUCCAGUGGGAUGUGACAUCCGUGGUUCUGCACACAUGGAGCCACCAAUCCUGCCGCCGCCCCCAGCUCUACUCCCAGCGCAGUCUCGAUCAGCCACUACCAACCCAUUCGCAGGCGUCUACGGUAAUCCUUAUGCAGCCAAGAUAGAUCUUACGUCUGCACCAGUUGACUAUGAAGUGGCGGGCAGCCUUGUCGACAGGCCAAGUGCGCUGGACGGUUCACAGACAGGCUACGACUCAAAACCUCAGCCAACGAGAAGGCAUCCAUCACGAACAUCCUACGAGGGGCCCAUUAGUAUUAGCUGUAGUCAAGAAGAUGCUACAGGGGAAGUUCUGCAGCAAGUACGAAGGGACAGAAAGUGGGACGCCCUUCCUCUACCACCAGAGGAAGGAGCGCGGGAGGCACAUCCAAAAAACAACAAUAGAGUGGAAACGGAAGAAGCGGACUAUGAACGAUUUGACACCGAGGAACUGAUUAGCUCACUUCGACCAGAACGUCUCAGUCUUUACCACAUCGCCAUGUCAAGGCGUCCAGUCAAUGGCUCCUCUCGAACCAAUAACUCGCCUGUCUCCAUCACAGAGUGCCCAGUACCAGCAACGUAUCCAAAGAUAAGGAAGCACGCAAUCGAUGAUGUCGAGGUCCGAGACGGCUACAGCAUCCGCACUCGAGACUGGGACCUUCGUUCGUGCAACACCGAUGAUCUAGGCGUCGACACUCUUCUCAAACGACAGGAGCAACUUGAAAGACACUCAGUCCAGCACCUGGAUCUACCGGGGCAACAGCGGCAAGCUCACGUCCGCGACGAGAAUGAAGCACUGUACGGUCUCCCGGGAGAGGAUGUGCUGACUACUGAGAGUUAUUUUUAUGCGGAAAUGAUCGAGAUCGUGAACGACUACCACGAGCAGCUGCAGCAAGUCAUUCAAAGAGCGUAUGAGUCAGGUGAGAUAAUUGAGGAGCAUUGGCUGCGCGAGAAAUGGAGAUAUAAAAUUGCAAUGGACAGGAAGCUGCGGAUUGCGGGAGAGAGGAGUGGAUACAAGAUACUCAACAACGAGCAAGACAUCAAAGAAGCCAUCAAGCAGCCCAUCGGCUACGCAAUAUAUAGCUCACUGCUCAAGAUCCGCGAUCCAGAGACAUGGCAGUGCAUCUUCAAGCCGACUACAACCUACUCGCAUCUCGGGACGAUUACAAGUACAUCGCAGCAACAUGCCACAGCGCAGGGAAAUUCCCUGAUAUGGCUCCUUCGUAAGUUAGGACGAGGGCUCCGUUACAUGCUCGCCGUACCCGAUGAUCCAGAUCUCAAGACGUACUCGGGCAGACACCCACCCGCAUCGGCUUCUGACACCCCGAACUACGAGUCUAGUGUCGGUGUACUGGGUCCAAACAUACCCUUGCGACCGCUAGACAACCGCGGGCUGACGCAUUUUACUCCUGCACCCGCUCCAAUCAUCCGAUUCUCUCUGGCUAGAAGCCUCACGUCUCAUGACCAGCCCAGACCCAGCGACCAAACUGAGCGGGCACCCAAGCUCUCGGCCGACACCACCAGAGUGAACAAAUAUACCACAUUUACGGAUGCAACGGUGACAUCACCUCUCAAUCACCGCAUUUCUAGGGCGACACGCAGCCGCGGGUACGAGGAGGGCAAGUUUGUAACCAUUCUCGCUCCUUCUGUUGUAAGCGAUAAGAGCGAGACGACCACGGCUGGGUAUGGUGCUGGUAAGCCGGAAAGGAAGCAGAGGCUGAGAGACGAUAGGACUGAGGUCACUGCUUGGCCUGAAGUGGAGUAUUAAGUCAAUUAUUUUGAUCACGCAGGCCCUGGGCUGAGACAAUUGUGAUCGUAACGUCGGGUUCAGUCCUCACAAAGAAAUCCGGAAGGGUUUGAUGAAGAAUUUUGGAGAUCUUUCGUUGGCGGAGGUUGACAAGCGAUAUACUGAGGCUUUUGCCCGUUAUCUGAAAAGUGAUUUUGACUAUGGAGGCAUAUCUAGUGAGAUGGCACAAGAGACAUCAGAAGAAAAGGAGCCUGACCGUGUGCAGAAUG